AUGUCUGGCCGUGGGAAAGGAGGGAAAGGUCUUGGAAAGGGGGGCGCCAAGAGGCACCGCAAGGUUCUCCGUGACAACAUCCAGGGCAUCACCAAGCCUGCCAUCCGCCGCCUGGCUCGCCGCGGGGGAGUCAAGCGUAUCUCGGGCUUGAUCUACGAGGAGACCCGCGGGGUGCUGAAGGUCUUCCUGGAGAACGUGAUCCGCGACGCCGUGACUUACACCGAGCACGCCAAGAGGAAGACGGUGACCGCCAUGGACGUGGUCUACGCCCUCAAGCGCCAGGGCCGCACUCUCUACGGCUUCGGGGGCUAAGAUUACCUACCCUCGACGGAAC